AUGCCUGGUGCAGAACCAGCUGAUUAUGAGUAUGGUAGACCAAUGGAACUUGAUGAUCAACAACAACAAAGUGCGACAGCUUAUUACUCUCCGAAUAAUUUUCCGAUGGGUUUGACGGCAGAAGGAUAUAAUCGACUUCAAACCGGCAAUACAGCAGCUUCUAACUUGCGGGUCAAUCGAUCCCCAUAUUUGACCGCAGCCUGGGGCGACCGUCCGCCGCAUCUUGAAGAUAACUUUGGCUUGACUGAGGGUCAAACAGGUAUACAAGGUGGCUCCGAUGGAUAUACAGGUGAUAGUUUCUUCAAUGGCUACACAAGUCCAACGUUCACAUCGUCAACCUCUCUUCGUGCCAACCCACCACUUAGUACAGGCUCACCUCGACGUGCCUUUACUAACCACGGAGGAAAUUCGUACUUUCCUAACUCUAGAAUGGCACCAAGUCAAUCAGCCAGUUUCAACCCACUACCUAGUACAAAUUCAGCUCAACUUAUCUUCGCUGGCCCAGAAAGAAGUUCAUUUUAUCCUAACGCUAGAAUGGCAUCAAAUCAACUACCCGCUUUCAACCCACCACUCAAUACAUGUUCGAAUCAACGUGCCUUUACUAGCCAAGGAGGAAACUCGUACUAUCCUAACUCUAGAAUGGCACCAAAUCAAUCAGCCGGUUUCAACCCUUCACUCCACACAAGUUCAGCUCAACUUAUCUUCAAUGGCCAAGAAAGAAGUUCAUUCUGUCCCGACUAUAGAAUGACACCAAGUCAACCACCCGCUUUCCCACCACUCAACACUGGUCCAACCCAACCUACCUUCACUAAGCAAGGAAGUUCAUUCUAUCCCAACAGUGGAAUAGCACGAAGUCAAUUAGCUAUUUUCAACCCACACCUGCACAUGGCUUCCACUCGUAAUAACCAGUUACGUACCCCAGCACACUCGACUCCACCCGAUCCAAAAACUUGUUUCAGCUCUUUCAGAAUCACCCCAUCCGGUCACCAAGUCGCCCGCAACGACCCGGGUCAGACAUCUCCUUCAGAUUUUGUACAGAUACGUGUUCAAGAUAAUGGAAGCUCCUCCAGCGCGUUGGACGAGAUAAUAGCGUCCCAAUCACUCCCUGAAAGUGUGCAAUAUGCUACUCAGUCAGAAAUGGACCAAGAUUACGAAGAAAUGUUUCCUGUCAAUGAUUCCAAGGCCAAUACCGAGCCGAAUAUGUCGGGCUGGAUGUCUGAUUUUAUGGAGACCAUGCCAUAUGAGAAAACAUACGUUGGUCACAAACACACUGGUGAACAAUAUACUGGCCGAGCAUCCACUGAAUACCAUGGAGAUGGCUCUACUACAGCAUGCUCGAUCGACACCACAUUGGAGAUCGAAGCUUUUGAAAAUUCGCGAAAAAUAUCAAAUGCAAUAGUGGACGAGUCCGACAAGCAGAAGUUACUUCGUGAUGCAGCUAUUACAUGGGCUGAGACAUUUGUGCCUACUGGCAUGAUUUCACAACACGAAAAGCAAGAAAAGAAGUACGUAUCUAAUAAGGUUUACGCAUAUCACCCCCGAGGUUGUGAGAAUUAUUACUACCGAUCUGUAGUCGGCGAUGAAGUAUAUGUUGAACACUGGGCUAACAACAAAACCCGCACGGGAGUGUGGAACCAUCCCGGUAAUGAAUUUCCUUCGCGCAUUUUUGAUGAAUACCCCUCUGAUUGGAGUACAAACGUGGACCCCAACAUCGCAUUUUCGAGAAAUCCACAAAAACAAAAGGAGUUGAACGAUCUUCGCAAUCAACUUUGCUCAAGACAUAACACCUCCGCCGAAGAUCGUUACAAACCUGCUGAUCCUGACACACGGCCUAGUUGGCAAUAUCACCCGGGGGGAAUAAUAAGUACAAUCGAUCACGGUACUGUUGAUGUUCCUAGAUCUUCCAUCACAAGAGAUUCAAUCAUGCGGGUAGUUUCGAGAAUUUCAAAUCCAAUCUUCACUGGCGCUACAUGCGGCGGAUCUUUCAGCUUUUGGGGUCCAAAUUCUCGGCCACCUAGUGAAAGGCGUCAAACUACUCAUAUUUCCAAUAAGGAACGAAGAAAUGCUCUUAGGCGUAUUAAGGAUCUUCUUGACAGGACAUGGAAUUUGCCAAGUAUGCAAUUAGAGCUUCAUAUUGUAUAUUGCAUGUUUAAGGAAUGCAAUUCUUCUCCCGGGUUCGGCCAGAGUCCAUACCUGUGUGUAAAACUUGCGACAUUCGACAAAUUCCCGAAAUUGCCCACUGAGUUGCAGUGGAUGAUCUGGGAAUAUUGCUUUCCUUCUAAAACAGAGCACCUUGGUCUUGUGGUUACAACGGGCAAUCUUAGGAAUGAAGAUCAUAAAAUCGAACUACCCAUAACUUUAAGUAUUUGUCGUCAAACCCGCGAGUUAACACAACGCUACUACACUAUUGUGGACAAGCCGAAAUUUCGAAGGGGAUCAAGAUACAUAUACCAGAGCCAAGUAACAUAUGACAAGCGCAAGCAGAAGUAUUCGCAGCCAAGACAGCUGGCUCUUGGUCCACAAGAUGCAGUAGCCAUCUCAGAUGAUACUCCCGAGAACAGAAUGGAAACUACCCUUGAGUGGUACAAUCAAAUCAACGAGAAGCAUAGUAAAGGCUUGCAGAGUAUCCGUCACUUGGAAAUUCGAGAUAUUCGUAAUUCUCAUGGCGAUCUCCUUGCCGCUUCUCGUCGUAUCAAUAGCAACGCAGACCGUUCUCGUCUCAUACCAAGAGUUUUCUCGAAUGGCAGUUUAGCCAUGUUUAAGAAUCUCCAAACACUAACACUUACGAAUAUGCCGCCGCCCGCGAUCAAUUUUCUAGGCCCCCAACCGUUUCGUAGAGAAGAACAAGAGGUUCUGAAAAACUUGAUUUCGGAUUAUCUUGAUCAAACAAGAAUUGGUGAUGAUAGGCUUGUGGCCAAAGAGAACAUAAAGAUUAGAGACUUCACAUCGAUGGAGGGUCAAAAAGUGAAGAAAGACAAUGGAAGGAUGGAUUUCAACGAAGAAUUCCAUUCGAAGAUGUUAACACAUCUUCCAGAAAAAUAUCAAAACUAG